AUGGCUCAAGUUUCUAUGAUUCCACGUACAUUAAAACGACCUCUGGAAGAUUCUAGUGAGAUCCAAUUAUUUAACAAACGACCAUGUCAAGAAGUGUCUAUUAUUCCUGCUAAAAAUGGUGAACAUGAAGUAAAAAGAACUAGUAAUCUUAUGGCACCAAAUAUGCUUCUUCUUGGACAUGAAGCUGAAAUAUUUACUGCUCGUUUUGCUCCUACAGGUGACCGCUUAGCUACAGCUGGUUUUGAUAGAGCAAUUCUUCUUUGGGAUGUCUAUGGAGAAUGCAAAAAUAUAUCUACAUUUAGAGGUCAUAAACAUUCUGUUAUGGAUAUAAAAUUUUCUACAGAUACAUCUUGUUUAGCAAGUGCAUCGGCUGAUAAAACUGUUCGUGUAUGGGAUAUGGAUACUGGGAAAUGUUAUAGAAACUUUGUUUCACAUACAGAUAUAGUAAAUUCUGUAUCACUUUCAAGGCGUGGAAAUCAAUUGAUAGCUUCUGGUGGUGAUGAUGGAAGGAUGCUGAUUCAUGAUUUUAGACAAAAACUUCCUUGUAAAGAUUUUCUCAAUCAUGGAAAAUUUCAAUUUACUGCUGUUGCUUUUAAUGAUUCAGCAGAACAAGUUUUUUGUGCAGGAAUUGAUAAUGAUAUUCAUUGUUGGGAUCUUCGUAAAGAAAAAGUGUUAUACUCUCUUCAUGGUCAUAAUGACACAAUUACAGAUAUUAUGCUAAGUCCUGAUGGAAAUUAUCUUUUGUCUAAUGGUAUGGAUAUUUGUGGAACAAUUUGGGAUGUUAAACCAUAUUGUAAAGAUAAUCGAGCAGUUUCUUUUUAUGUAGGGCAUCAACAUAAUUUUGAAAAAAAUCUUCUUAAAUGUGCUUGGAGUCCAGAUGGUCGAAGGAUAUCCCUUGGAUCAUCAGAUGGAUUUCAUUAUAUUUGGAAUGUUCAAAGUAAUAGAGUUGUUUAUAGACUUCCAGGACAUCAAGGAUCUGUAAAUGCAGUAGAUUUCCAUCCAUUUGAACCAAUAAUUCUUUCAGCUGGAAGUGAUAAACAAAUUUUCCUUGGAGAAAUUUCUCCUGAUUAA